AUGACGUCCAACUACGUUCAUGGUGGUGCAGGAAUCCAGAACAGUAUGCUUUCGUACACUUUGAAAAAUCUGUCACUCGGGUCAAAUCAACUUACUCAGAUGAAUGAUCCAACUAACUCGAUGUGUAUAACUCCACCGGCUACACAAAUGAAUUUUCUUCGUCCUAUUCCUGGUGCAUCUAGUGAGGCUGUCUUCCCAAGCACACAUCGUCCAGCUUCUGGCCGUACGUUAGGGAUAGCGGAUUUCCUUUCGCUGACUACCACUUCCACCAACAGACCCUCUGUGUUAUCCACUGUAUCUAUUUCGAAAGCAUCACCCGCCCCACAAAAUGGACAGUCGACAAGAGCUCCUGAAAGGGUGGCUUUAACAUCAAAAGCGGUAGUCCCGGGAAACCAUGGAUUUGCCAGCAUGUUCCGUCCCCGAGGUCCUGGUGUUUCUUCUUCCCGUGUCCUUUCCAACUUACCAGAUAGCCGGCAGAUCCCCUCAAACUCUGAGAUUUGUUCACCCUUCUUCUCUAAUCGAUUUGGCGGCACAGCCAACGACAGUCUUACAACGGAUAGAAUGAAUCAUCCAACCGUCACUCACUCUAACUCACCUACAUCUGCAUUUGACAAUAUGUUGACCUCUCCACAUUCGUUUGAAAAUUUUCUACCACCGAAUUUAAGACAGCUAACACAGCCUGGACAAUCUCAUAUACAAAAUUCAUCAGGUUCCUCACUAAACUCCUGUCAAUCUGACACUACAUUGCCUCCCGAAAUGCGACCUGACACUCACCUCACCCCUUUCAGUGACUCCCAGUGUGUUCUUCCCAUUACUGCCUCUCAAUUCUAUUCCAGUCAUCAUUUUGAAAAUACUAAAAAACUCCAGGCCUCUGGUAGCCUUAAAGUCGCUCCUUGGAUUCUAGUCCCACCAGUUCCUGAGGGCACUGCAGCUCAUAUGAGAACAGGAAGAGUUCAUGAAGCUAAGCCAAACUUGUUCAAUAACCCUGCUUUUGGUCCCAUCAUAAUUGAUGAUGACUUCAAGCACGCACUGCACAGUAAACUUCAAGCUUGCUUGUUCAUGGCUGAUGAGUCCAUAAAGGAAAAAUUACCUCGUAACCUAGGAGCGUACACUGACCUCGUUCCUCUAGAAAUUUUAGAUCAACCAAGAGUGUCAGUUACAUUUGGCCUUCCUGGAGUCUGUUUUAAAGCUUGGUCUCCUCGAUUUAGUCGAUAUAUGCUUCUUCGACGCAUAAUUUUACCACCUGAUCAUGAAGCAGCUCUAUCAUCUGAUGCUUUUUAUUUAGCUAAACAACUAUCUGAUUUAAAUCAUUCUGCUAUUGUUGGAUUUCGGGAUGUAUUUUUCACUGAUGCAUUUGCUGAUAACUCGGUUAUCCUGGUUUAUGAAUACAUACCUUGUUCAUCAACUCUACAACAAAUUCAUAUGAGUGAUCCAUUGAAAUUAACUAGUUUUACUUCGCCUUUCAGUAUUGGUCGUACAGUGUUACCUCAUAGUGCCAUAAAAAGUGCUCCAUCUGAUCUCGGAAUGCCUCAUGAGUCUGUUAUGUGGUCAUAUUUAAUCCAAUUAACCAGUGGUUUGCGUUUUAUUCACCAAACAUUUCACCGAUCAUGUGGUAUACUGGAUCCUACUAAAGUGUUAUUACAAGAUGGACCGCGUUUGCGAAUCAAUUGUUUUGGUUUAAAGGAUAUUCUGUUCUAUUCUGCACAAGAUACCAAUUUAGUAGAAAGUCAGGCAGCUGACUUUAUACAACUUGGCAAAUUAAUGAUAGGAGUUGCUUGUGGUACAGUUGCAGCUGUACAGGCUAGCCAGCGGGCUUCUUCAUUCAACCUACUUCAGCGUGCAUAUCGACCAGAAUUAGUCACUCUUAUUCGUAGUUUAGUAUCAGGACAGAUAUCAGGAGCAGAUCAACUAAUGCGCGCUACUGCACCAUUUGCAUUCGAUCACUUGACAAGGUUAUAUGAUCAUUCAGAUCUCUUGGAAAGUCAAUUAUUAUUGGAACUGGAAUGUGACAGACUUUUCCGACUCAUCUGUAAACUUCAAUCUAUUGUGGAGCGUUGCGAUCAGGGUACUUCCCCAGAAUGGUCUGAAACAGGUGAUCGUUAUAUGUUGAAAUUAUUUCGAGAUUUCGUAUUUCACCAAUCUGAUCCUCUUGGUGCUCCAUACUUAGAUCUUGCACAUAUUAUUACUACAUUGAACAAGGUUGAAGCUGCUUCACCUGAACGUCUUUGUCUAGUCAGCCGUGAUAGUCAAAAUGUGAUUAUUGUCACCUAUGCAGAUAUUAAACAAUGGUUAGAUACAAGCUUUUCUUAUCUAGUGGACAAACAUCGUCAGAGUCAGUGUGAACUACAAUUGACACGUCAACGAAAUGCUCGCCAACAACAACAGGAGAUCUCCAAUCCUGGAAGUCAACAAUGACUGGAGUAACCAUAAUUAUGGUAAUAGAAUAGUGCUAUUAUGAGAGUGCUAAAUUAUUUUGUAUUAUAUUUGCAUAUAUUUUUCUUUUUUUCUAAAAGUAUAAAUCUUGUUUAGUUGACUCAAUCCUUGAAUAUUUUUCAAAUGCAAUGUUGUUCAUUAAAUGAAACAUAUCUGUGAAAGUUCAACAUAUCGAUUGAAAUAUUCCUUCUUGAUUAAUGAAGGCUUAUUCGUGUACACUUGACCUCUCAUGUUGUUUUUAUGUGAAUAAAAAUUAAGAUUUCUACGAUAAAUUCCACUAUAUUACUCAACAGAUUGUAUAAAUAACCAUAUAUAUAUUAUUGAAUGACCAAUAUACCAAGUACAGAUUUGUAUACUUAUGCUUUAUACGUUACUAGCAUUCUCACAGUAUCUCAGAGCUUUUGAAUCAAUACGAUUUAUCUCAGAUAAUCUUGUUGUGUAUGUAGAAGUUGAUAAAGAGUUUUUAUAUGAAUUACUGACUUGACAUUUUUUUAUCAGUCACUAAAUUUUAACCAAUCUAUGCGUAGUUACGUAAUUGACAAUGAAUUCUGUUCUGAUUUACCAUCGAAUUGUUGAUUUUCCACUAGUUCAUUUAGAUGAAAAUUUCAUGGGUUAUGUUUGGGUUAUACGAAUAAUCAAACUGAAAACGAAAAUGCAGUUGUUCCUCUCUAUCAUUAAUUAAAAUCAGUUCUCUAACUGAGGUUAUUUCUUGGCGUAAAACUUCGUUUAAAUGCCUUCUUCAGUAUUGUUAUUUGAGUAAAAAAAUAUUCAUCUGGAUUACUUAAUUGCUUUUUUGUCUUUAUACUUUGACUCUUUAUAGAUUUCGUAAUUUUGGGCCAUACA